AUGCCUUCAAGUGACAGUGAAGAUUUCGAAAGUGCGGAUGAAGGUCAAGAGGAAAAUGAUAAAAAAGUGAGGAAGAAACGAACCUCAUCCUCAAACUAUGGUGAUAAUGCCUUAGAAACCAUUUCAGAACCUAAAGAAACCAUAAAAAGCUCUGCUAGACAUCAGACUGAUUCUAAACCAAAAUCUGAUGGCUGGGACGAUUUUGAUAUUGACUGCCCCAUUGAAAAUGAAAAGGUCGUUGAAAAUAAGGAGAUGAAAAAAUGCAAUGUUUCAAAAUCAAAGGAAGAUAUAAAAUCACAGGACACUGGUUGGGAUGACUUUGAUGACUGGGGCAAUGAAGAGACACUGAUAAAAACAACAGAACAAAAGCAACAAGAAGUUAAAUCCGAUAAGGACAUUAAAGAAUUGACAGAUAAGUUGGCAGCAUCUACUGUGCAAAGCAGUAGCUGGGGUUGGGGAUGGGGUGUGGAUUCUCUUCUCAGUUCAGCCACUGCUGGAAUCACAUCUAUAACUAGUCAAGUUUCUCAAGGUAUAUCAAAUGUCUUAGAGACAGGCAUUGGUGCUCCUGAUCCUGAAGAAUUGGCAAGAAAAAAUUUAAAAGCAACUGCAGAAGUAACAGAAAAGCAUCCAGAUAGAAAUGUAAAUGAUGAUAAGGAAGUGGUGAAAGAAGCAGCGCAAACUAGUUCUGAUGAUGUCUCAUUCCCAUUUGGAAGUUUACUGUCUGGUGUCACUAAAUUUGUAGAGACUACUGGUACAAAAGUAAUAGCAGGUGGCUUAGACACCCUCGAAACUAUCGGGAAGAAGACCAUGGAGGUACUUCAAGAUGGCGACCCAGGAUUAGCAAAGAAACGUGCCAUGUUGGGUCUAGAUCCAGGAGAGAAGCCAGUCCUUUCACAAAUCCUUAGGGAGGCUAAAGCUAAAGCUGAUGAAGAGGAUAAGAUUAGAGAAGAAAAAAGGGAAGCGAAGGAAGUGCAUUACGAAAAUCUAUUCGAUGAUUUUGAAGGCUUGGUUCACUUGGAAGCUUUAGAGAUGCUCUCGAAACAAGUAAGCAUGAGGAUAGAGGAACGACUACGGGCAGCCGACCCAGAAAAGAAACAGGAUAUUAAAGAAACCAUGCAGCAAGUCAUAGAACUAUGCGAGAUACCAGAAGACGAAGACGAUGAAGAAACCUCAGAAGACCAAUCCAAACCUGAUGCAUUCCACGAAAAGCUACAAAUAGCGACGCAAGAUUUAGGCCUUAAACUACAGUUCCAAUCGUUAGUCAAACAAUACACAGACAUUUUGGAUUUUCUAAGUUCCAAUGAUAGCAUGAACGAGAAGGUGAUAUACAAACGAGCCGUGAGCAGUCUAGCUCAGGCGACCGCUCUGUCAGUGGAGAUAUAUCAUAAGACAGCUGAAAUGUUACUCGUGAAAACUAGGAGGUCCACCGCUGAUGAAGCCGAUGCACUUACUCAAAUGACAGUGGUACUUACGAAACACAUCAGCGAAUUGGCGACCUUGUUUACUGUGAAGUUGAACUCUAUAGCGUCUGGAAAUAAGGAUCAAAUCAAUAACUAUAUCACUAAUAUAUUUUUAGAGUCUGGCAACAGUUCGACAUACAUACAAAAUGCAUUCCAGUUAACUCUGCCCAUACUGCAAAUAGGUGCCGUUUAG